CAAUAAGCACUCCACUAUGUUCCACCUGGGUGUCACUGACAAGCCUGCAGAGUUUGGAGCAUCGUAAGCCAUCCUCCUGCUACGCCCAGCUCAUCCUCCAAAUUUCCAAAGACAUGACUGCAGCAGUCAACCAAACCGAGACACAGCUCAGCUUAGUGGAAAUGGAGGACCAGGGAUCAAAAAACAAGAGACCAGCAUCGGAAUUAAUGGAAGUCAAAGUGGAUGUACAAUCCGAAGAUCUGAAUUCCACCCACAGUGACACAAGGCCUCUGAUUCAAGACAGGGAUCCCAAAAGAAUCAACAAGAGUCUUAAGGUCACGUUUGAGGAUGUGAUUGCAGAGCCUCCCUCGGUGCGGAGCUUUGAUCAAGUGUGGCUGUGGAGUCACGCCCUGUUUGAGGUAUCCAGACUGUGGUGCUACCGUAUCAUCUCCCUCCUUCUGGCUGUGCCGGUCUCACUGGCAGCAGGGCUCCUCUUUGCCAUGCUCAGCUGCCUUCACAUCUGGUUGAUCAUGCCCUGUGUGCAGCUCCUUCUCAUCAACAUGAGCUGGGUCCAGACUGUGUGGGGCAGCAUACUGAACAUUUUCAUCGGCCCCGUCUUUACCAGUGUUGGAAAGUGCUGUGGUCAAGUCACCAUCCAUCUGGCAAAAGAUGAAGACAGAUAGAAAAACACACCGUGUGUGAAUGUUCUGUUAAAACAGAGGAUAGAGAGAAAAAGCAAGUUGUAACAGAUUUCAUACUAAUUUCUUAUUGGAAAAUUAUAAUCAGCAUCGUAAUUGUUUAUGAUUAUUUUGUAUUUUUGCUCACCUGUCAUGAUAUUUGGCAUGCUGACAUACUGUACAUGUCAAGUUGUCCCUUGUGUAAUGAUGUUGAUG